AGGAGUUUGCAUCCUUGAAGUAACACAAACACACAUCUACUUGAACACCAUGGCUAUCUCUAACAAGUCCAUAAUUUCCGUAAUUGGGUUGGUGGCUAUGUUGUUGAUGGCAGUGAAUAGGGUGAACUCAGCAGAUUCACUCUCUUUCAGCUUCAACAGCUUUGGUCUAGACCAAAAGGAUCUGAUAUUUCAAGGUGAUGCCACUGCUUUACGCAAUGCCUUACAACUCACAAGGUUAGACAGUCAAUUGCAACCACUGCCUUCCAGUGUAGGGCGAGUCUUAUACUCUGCCCCAAUACAACUUGUUGGAGCCUUUGAAACUAGUUUCACCUUUUCCAUCUCAUCACCUGACACUAUUCCUGGCGAUGGUCUUACCUUCUUCAUUGCAUCACAUGACACUGUCAUCCCUCCUAAUUCCAAUGGCAAGUUCCUUGGACUCUUUCCCGGCACAAAUACUGCACGCACAAACUCCUCUAAUAUCAACGAUAACAAUAACCACGACAUCCAUGUUGAUAAUCUCAAAGCAUCCGACAGAGUUGUUGCUGUUGAAUUUGACACUUACCCUAAUCUGGAUAUAAGGGAUCCAAACUUUGUACACAUUGGAAUCAAUGUGAACUCUAUCACUUCAGCAAGAACAGCUCAGUGGGUGUGGCGAAAUGGGUUAACAGCCACUGCACGCAUAAACUAUAACUCUCUCACUAAAACACUCACUGCUGCUACAUUCUAUCCUGGCACAGGCACUGAAGUUGUCUCAAUCUCUCAUGCCAUUGACCUUAGCACUGUCCUUCCUCAGUGGGUUAGGGUUGGAUUCUCUGCUUCAACGGGACAGCAUAAACAAAAAAAUUCCAUUCACUCUUGGGCUUUCUCUACAAUCUUGAAGAACAGUAAAAUUGAAGAAGAAGAAGACACCAAUAUUGUAAGCGUUGUGUGAUUGAUCAGUCACUUUCCAUGUGUAGAUUAUGGUGUGUCAAUAAAGCCAACUGUUUAUGCAUGCAUGCAUGAAUGUCAUGUGUAAGUAAGUUGCGCAAGCCAAAUAAGGGUGAUGGACUCUAUAGUCCAUUGUUUAUGUAUGUCGCAAUUAAUGUUAUGCUACCUUAUUUACUUGUUUAUCUCCUUCUAUAUAAGAAAAAAAGGAGAAACUGUAUUAAU